UCCCGCGUUGUCACAAUAGUUAUUGUUAAUAAGGUUAUCAAGUUAUUAUGCCUGGUGUGUCAGAAGAUUCGUCUAAGUUUUCGCACAGGGUGUUCAAUAAUGAUCCCCUCGAGUUUCAAGGUUAUGUUAACAAGAAGGUUAUUGUUACGGCCCGAGAUUCGAGUGUUCACACGGGAAUUGUGUACACAGUCGACCCGGUAUCGGAGAGUGUUGUCCUAGUUACUUCGGAAGAGAAUUCAGAACUUCGGUUAAAAGUGAUCCUCGGACAUGCGGUUGAAACGAUCGAGGUAUCAUCGGAGCCUGGAAGAAUUAUACCUGAGCUCUUUGCAGCACCUACCAUUAAAAUGUCUCAGCCAGAACUUGCGGAAAGGAAGAGAGCGGUUAAAGAAUUACUGUCCAAUAACCGAUUUCCAGUUGAAGAAGAGAAUGAUGUUCUACGAAUAAAAGGGGUAUUAUCGAUUGAACCUCCUUACGUACCUGCAUCUUGCAUCUGUACCAAUGAAAUAAUCCUGAGGAGGAUACAAAGUCUUCUUUCCCAAGCGCCUGACUCGGUAAGCUAGCGGACAAGCAGAAACGUAUUCUGCCCUCCAUGAGUGGAGUCGCGGGAAAACCGACGCCCACUGUUGCUAUCUUCCUCGUCGUAAGCGUCCGCAC